UGUGCCUUCUCGCUCCCUUGGAAGGAGGCCGUUGUUCCUAAAUUCGCCGCUUUGUUGCUUGCCCUUCUGUGACGGUAGACGAUCCCGAAAACUCUUUGGUUUUUGGUAUCACACUGGUAUUAGGCUGGAAAAUGGACCCAAGUCGUGGUCAAGAUAACAACCUCCAGAAGGACUUCCUGGCCUUUCUGUUUCCGGAAUCUUCCUCUGAUCAACAACGAGGCCAUGACUCUCAGCAGAACGAAGUUAUGAACGCAGCUCUUGUGCACGGUCAACGCUCGAAUUCUGGGAUGCUCAACUUUACCGGAACAGCCAACCCUCCUCCUUUCAAUCAACAAUUAGAUCUUAUGGCUAUGAGCAAUCUCAUGUCUAUGCAGGGCAUGGACAGCACGUCACUUCCGACCCUGCCCAGUUCCACGAACCUUACACCUCAGGUCAUUUUUGAACAACAGUACAAGCUUACUCAGCUGCACCAGCUGCAGCAACUUCAAAAUCAAAUUCAGAAUCAAAUUUUUCAGCAGCAGCUUGCCCUUAUCAGUGGGCAGUCAGCCCUGAAUACGCAUGAUACCAGCGUCGAGCCAGCAAGGGAUCAGAUUGCAUCGUUUAGUGGCCUUCCGACUCCAAUGUCUUCUACGGAGCUCCGCCCCUUGCCUAACCCAGAGUUCCUCAGUCGUAUUGGCUCACAAUAUCCUAAUCCUCCUCAGGACGUGUACCCAUCCCAUUCGCUUGACCCUGUUUCCCUUCCCUCUCCCCAUGACGCUUCCGUAUCCCCGCAAUAUCUUCGUGACACGCGCCAUCCAGGUUCUAGUUCUGCACCUGCCAACAUAGUCUUUCAUCACACGAGCCCUCCCAUGCCACUUCCCUCACCUCCAGACCUUGACAUUGACAUAUCUCCCUUGACGAGCCCCUGGCUUGAGGCAUACCAUAACCAGCGUCCCCCAAAUAAGCGCACGAUAUCACCAAGUGCAGAAGAUGCGGCGCGUGCGGUGCGAAAGCGGGGACCCUCCGCGACUUCUCCAGUGUCAACAAUGAAACAAUCUACAAGGCAUGCCAAGAGCGCAACGAAUACCCCUCUUCUGCGCUCCACAAAACCCCGUAGGAAUAGCACCAUCAUGGAGACGGAUUCGCCGUCGCCUGUCGACCUGUCGAUGCCGCCCCCCGCACCUCCGGGACUUCGCCAAUCCCCUCCCAAUUCUGCUGCACCGAGUACUCAUGAAGCGACAUCGCCAAUGACUCCAGUCACUCCCGCAAGCAUAAUGAAUCUUGGUCGUUUGGCACCCACGUCUCAGAAAGCUGAUAGAGCAAAAGAUCCCGCUAGGGCCAGGAAAACGCCUGAUAGCAGUGCACCAACCAAAGGAUCGAAGAAGGGCGCACUGCCGUUCAUCAAUCCUGGACCUAAGCCGAUUUUACCAGCUGGCACGCCAUCAUCUGUAAAUGCAGGCUCUUCUGCACUCUCACCUCCUAUUCCUAAUCGCAAGUCGCACAAGGAUGCUGAACAAAAACGCCGUGAUUCUCUGAAGACUGCAUAUGACGAUUUGCGCGUUCUGCUCCCGCCAGUUCCGCUACCUUCUGAUGAAAACUUUCCUGAUGAACCGAUCCUUCCGGGUGCUUUACCCCCCAGAGGGCCACCGAAAGUCGGUGGUGAUGGUCCAAAUAAAGGUGUCAGCAAGCUGCAACUGCUCAGAUGCGGGAACGAUUUUAUUCGAACGCUCAAGGGUCGGGGUAGAGCGUCGAGAUAGCGAAAUCGAAAAUCUGAGGAGAGAUGUGCUGAGACUGCGUGCCAUUGCUGGAGAUGCAGCCGGAGGGGAGCACAUAGAUCUAGAACGGGAUCUCGAUGCCAUUGAAGCUUAUUCGACUUUCCGCCAGACAUCAUUAGGUGCCGUUGCGGAAGGGGACGACGCAGACGAUGCUGAAGAAUGAAAGGCAGGCUGCUGGUCUAUGCCAACUAUUUUCCUUGAUUUCUUUUUGUCAAAAUAUGUAUAGUUAUUCUUGCUAAAUUCGAGUGGACUAUCAGCCGGCAGUAAUCAAAUACGGCGUGCGGCCU